GGCACCUAGUUCGGCGUCUCUGGCCAGUCGGUCGGAGCUGGCCCAGGGAGGGCCGAAGCGGAGACUUAACCGGCCGGACGCGUGCGGCGCCGCGGGCCCGCUGCUGGCCGCCGAAGAGCCAGUGACUCCCCCGCCCGCGGCGCCGGCGCGGACGGGAAUGGAACGGGGCGGGAGGGUCCUGCCGCGCGGCCCCGCGGCGCGUAGGGGUCUGGAUUGGCUUUCUCUAGGGAGAAGAAGCGGCCUUCCGUGGAGGUCUGCCCUGGAAAUGCUCACUUUCUAAAAGCAUAAAUUGCCUAUGUUCCGCGCCUUACAAUUUCCUUUUCCAUCCUUUACCCCUUGCGAUCUUUACAACACUCAGAGUAGCGGUGUUUAUCCUCCUUUUGCGCCCGGGGUAAGGAGGGGAGGUUGUGAUUUAAUUUUGCUCACUCAGUAGAGUUAGAGACAUCUGGAGACAAAAGUAAAUAUGUAUUUAACAAUGAAGAGGAAUUGCAAAUUGGCCAAACUGCAGGAACUCAGCCUUGAGAACGGGGAAAAAUGAAGCUGGUUUGGAGAACUGAGGUUUUCAGGUCAGAUUCAGAUCAGCUGUGAAACCCUUGAGGAAUGCGACUAAGCCGCGCCUUGAGCCAGUUAUUUUACAUAACUCUUGUGUUAAGAAAAGUUAACAGAAUACUUCAGGUUUGCAACCACUGCAGGGUCCUGGGGCAACCAAGAAGUACAAAGCCUGCCUGAAAAAGUGCUUUGUUUCGUUUGUAUUUAUGGCAUCUGCAUCGGCAGGAGAGGCCUACAGCCUGGUUAGGCAGACAAAUGGAAAAUGGGCAAUUAGAGAGGAAAUGUAAACACCUAGGGCUUCCUGGAGGGAGCGGCAUUUACACUGAUCUAAAGGUCUACAGAACUGGACCCAGAGAGGUUGGAAGAGCAUCGCAGUGAAAUCAAGCCUCCAAGCCCAGAUGCCCGUCCAGCCUCCGAGCAAAGACACGGAAGAGAUGGAAGCAGAGGCUGACUCGGCCGCCGAGAUGAACGGGGAGGAGGAAGAGAGCGGCGAGGAGCGCAGCGGCAGCCAGACGGGGUCCGACGAGGAGAGCUCAGAGAUGGACGAUGAGGACUACGAGCGGCGUCGCAGCGAGUGCGUCAACGAGAUGCUGGACCUGGAGAAGCAGUUCUCGGAGCUAAAGGAAAAGUUGUUCAGGGAGCGGCUGAGUCAGCUGAGGGCGCGGCUGGAGGAAGUCGGGGCUGAGCGGGCUCCUGAGUACACAGAGCCUCUGGGGGGCCUGCAGCGGAGCCUCAAGAUCCGCAUUCAGGUGGCAGGGAUCUACAAGGGCUUCUGUCUGGACGUGAUCCGGAACAAGUACGAGUGUGAGCUGCAGGGAGCCAGACAGCACCUGGAGCCCUUCCAGAGUGAGAAGCUGCUGCUGUACGACACGCUGCAGGGGGAGCUGCAGGAGCGGAUCCAGAGGCUGGAGGAGGACCGCCAGAGCCUGGACCUCAGCUCCGAGUGGUGGGACGACAGACUGCACGCCCGAAGCAGCGCAAAGACCUGGGACUCCCUGCCGGCCAGCAAGAGGAAGAAGGCUCCUCUCGUGUCUGGUCCUUACAUUGUGUACAUGCUGCAGGAGAUCGACAUCCUGGAGGACUGGACGGCUAUCAAAAAGGCUAGAGCAGCUGUGUCCCCUCAGAAGAGAAAAGCAGAUGGACCGUGACCUUGCCAUUCAGAGCCAGGGGGCCCCUUGGAGCAACUGGCCGCAAAGCCAGGAUCCACAUUUUCCUGCUGUGAGAAGGCAGACUGACAGGGUCUGUCCAGCCAGCUCCCCGGUACUGCUGGUGGAUCUUCCCUUCCAGCCAUCACUGGUCCGGACUCCUCUGCCCUCCUCGGGGGGCCUGCACAGCUGUGGCCCAGAGCUGCCCUAGCCAGGCCAGACUGUCUCCUCCCUCCCCAGCGCGUGCACCGGCGCCCCCUCCCAGAGGGCAGCCUCCUCCUCCCACAGAGAAGGUGGGGCUCCUCUUACACCAAAGCAGCAUCCUUCCUGCUGACCUUGGACCAGUCACUGAGCCAGUGAGCUGGGCCCCAUUUCGUGGGAACUCUGAGCCAGACAUCAUAUUUUGGGGGGCCUGUCUUUUCUGGCUGCUGUUGGAGGUGAGAAGGCAUGUUCCCCAGGUCUUCUCAAGGAGGUUCUUGGUGUCUCCCAGAUUUCAGGGACUGGAAUUAAAAUCUUUCCUGGGACCUCGG